CGGCCACUCCGUCUGCCGCCCAGAUAUACUACUAUCACACACCAUUUGUCCGUCGCCAGUAGCCACAGAAUCCAUCGCCAGAGCCCAGAGAGAGAGAGAGAGACAGAGUACUACACUCCACACGCCGGCCGUUCCAUUUCGCUCCGCCCUCCCGCCUUGUCCCGCUGCUGAGCUUGCGUGGGCUCGCCGAGAGCAACUCGCCGCAGUUGAAGCACCCUCCCCGGUCGCUCGCCGCCAUGAAGAAGGUUGUGGUGAAGCUGGCCGUGAACGACGACAGGCACAAGGCCAAGGCGCUCAAGGCCGUCUCCGGUCUCCACGGCAUCGACCAGCUGGGCGUGGACAUGAAGGAGCAGAAGAUGACCGUCGUGGGCACCGUCGACCCCGUCGCCGUCGUCGCCAAGCUGCGCAAGCUCUUCCCCGGCGCGCAGAUCGUCUCCGUCGGCCCAGCCAAGGAGGAGAAGAAGGACGACAAGAAAGACGACAAGAAGGACGGCGGCGGGGACAAGAAGGCCGGUGGAGACAAGAAAGAGGCCGACAAGAAGGACGGCGGCGACAAGAAAGACGGAGACAAGAAGGACGGCGGCGACAAGAAGCCGGCCGUGCCGGUGUGCCCGCCCUACUGGUACCCGAUGCCGCCGCAGCCGCGCUACAUCGUCCACAGCGCCGAGGAGGACCCCAACUCGUGCGUCAUCUGCUGAUCGACGCCCACGCGCCGCCGCCGCCGCCCAUCUUCCCCUGUACAUUUCGUCGCUGUCCUGCCUGUCUUCCUCUGCCGCCGCCGCCGCCGCCGCUGCCGGUGGUUGGUGGUUGCUGUACUCAUCAGCCCACCAGACGCAGCGAUCGACGGUGUGCGUUGCACUUACGUAUACCACCGCGUAAUUACCAGUUGCAUUGCAUCGAUAGGUGCUGUUUGGCUUAUUUCUGGGAAGAUGUCGACCGCCGGGAUGCUAGUGGCAGUACUACACCUGCAUGCGUCUGCUGAUCAGUUUGUAGAGUGAGAAGAGCUAUAUAUAAAGAGAAAGAACUUUUGAUGGUAUCUGAA